ACGUCAUGACGCUCCUGCCCAGCCAACAUGGCUGACAGCAUCCCGUUGAAUCCGGUUCGGAAAAGCUCCAAGACAAUCGGGAAUUACAGAUCGGGCAGACGUUCCAGAUUCUCUUUAGAAGAUGAGCCGUCCAGCUUGGACGAGAUGCCCCUGAUGAUGUCCGAGGAAGGAUUUGAGAAUGACGAGAGCGACUACCAGACGCUGCCCCGGGCCCGAGGGGGCCGGAGAAGCAGAGGGCUGGGCUGGUUCCUGCUGGGAGGCUGGAAGGUCCUCUGCAGCAGCUGCUGCGACUGUCUGGCUCACGUCUGCCGGAGGAAGAAGGAGCUGAAGGCCCGCACCGUUUGGCUCGGAUCUCCAGAGAAGUGUGAAGAGAAGUACCCAAAAAACGCCAUCAAGAACCAGAAGUACAACAUCAUCACCUUCGUGCCUGGGGUUCUCUACCAGCAGUUCAAGUUCUUCCUCAACCUCUACUUCCUGGUGGUGGCCUGCUCCCAGUUUGUGCCGUCGCUGAAAAUCGGAUAUUUGUACACGUACUGGGCCCCUCUGGGUUUCGUGUUGGCGGUGACGAUGGUGCGGGAAGCCGUGGACGAAGUGCGGCGCUAUCAGCGAGAUAAAGAGAUGAACUCUCAGCUCUACAGCAAACUCACAGUUAGAGGUAAAGUCCAGGUGAAAAGUUCAGACAUACAAGUUGGAGACAUGAUAAUUGUUGAAAAGAACCAGAGGAUUCCUGCAGACAUGAUUUUCCUGAGGACGUCGGAGAAGACGGGAGCGUGUUUCAUCCGGACCGACCAGCUGGAUGGAGAAACGGACUGGAAGCUGAAAGUCGCUGUUUGUUGCACCCAGCGCCUCCCAGCAGUCGGGGAUCUCUUCUCCAUCAGCGCCUACGUCUACGCCCAGAAGCCUCAGCUGGACAUCCACAGCUUCGAGGGGAACUUCACCCGGGAAGACACGGAGCCCCAGAUCCACGAGAGUCUGAGUAUCGAGAACACUCUGUGGGCGAGCACGGUGGUCGCCUCUGGAACGGUGAUCGGAGUGGUGAUCUACACGGGAAAGGAGACGCGCAGCGUCCUGAACACGUCCUACGCCAAGAACAAGGUUGGCCUUCUGGACCUGGAGCUGAACCGCCUCACCAAAGCUCUGUUCCUGGCCCAGGUGGUUCUCUCUGUCGUCAUGGUGGCGCUGCAGGGCUUUGUGGGCCCGUGGUUCCGAAACCUUUUCCGCUUCGUGGUCCUCUUCUCCUACAUCAUUCCCAUCAGCCUGCGGGUCAACCUGGACAUGGGCAAGUCCGCGUACGGAUGGAUGAUCACCAAGGACGAGAACAUCCCCGGCACCGUGGUCAGAACCAGCACCAUCCCAGAAGAACUGGGCCGGCUGGUCUACCUGCUGACGGACAAGACAGGAACUCUGACGCAGAACGAGAUGAUCUUCAAGCGGCUGCACCUCGGAACCGUCUCCUACGGCACCGACACCAUGGACGAGAUCCAGAGCCACAUAAUCCAGUCCUACCCACAGAUGACCUCUCAGCAGUCUGGAGGGGGCGCCAGCAGCGCCACGCCGGCGUGGAAAAACCAGCCGUCGGGCCCGAAGGUCCGGAAGAGCGUCCACAGUCGCAUCAACGAGGCGGUGAAGGCCAUCGCCCUGUGUCACAACGUGACGCCCGUCUACGAGUCCCACGCCGCCGUGAACGGAGAGACGGAGUCUGCAGAGGCCGACCAGGACUUCAGCGACGACAACCGGACCUACCAGGCCUCCAGUCCGGACGAGGUGGCGCUGGUGCGUUGGACGGAGAGCGUGGGCCUGACCCUGGUCAACCGGGACCUGACCACGCUGCAGCUGAAGACGCCGUCAGGACAGAUCCUCUCCUUCCUCAUCCUGCAGAUCUUCCCCUUCACCUCUGAGAGCAAACGGAUGGGCAUCAUCCUGCGGGACGAGUCCACGGGGGAAAUCACCUUCUACAUGAAGGGGGCCGACGUGGCGAUGGCGACCAUCGUCCAGUAUAACGACUGGCUGGAGGAGGAGUGUGGGAACAUGGCCAGGGAGGGCCUGAGGACCCUGGUGGUGGCCAAGAAGUGCCUGUCUGAGGAGCAGUACCAGGACUUUGAGAACCGGUACAACCAGGCCAAGCUGAGCAUCCACGACCGCGGCCUGAAGGUGGCGGCGGUGGUGGAGAGUCUGGAGAGGGAGAUGGAGCUGCUGUGUCUGACGGGGGUGGAGGAUCAGCUGCAGGCGGACGUCAGGCCCACGCUGGAGCUGCUGAGGAACGCCGGCAUCAAGAUCUGGAUGCUGACGGGAGACAAGCUGGAGACGGCCACCUGCAUCGCCAAGAGCUCCCAUCUGGUUUCCAGGAACCAGGACAUCCACGUCUUCAAGCCGGUCUCCAGCCGAGGAGAGGCCCAUCUGGAGCUCAACGCCUUCAGACGGAAGCAUGACUGCGCGCUGGUCAUCUCCGGGGACUCUCUAGAGGUCUGCCUGCGCUACUACGAGCACGAGUUCGUAGAGCUGGCCUGCCAGUGCCCCGCCGUGGUCUGCUGCCGCUGCUCGCCCACCCAGAAGGCCCAGAUCGUCCGGCUCCUCCAGCAGCACACGGCCAACAGAACCUGCGCCAUAGGUGACGGAGGAAACGAUGUGAGCAUGAUCCAGGCGGCAGACUGUGGCAUCGGGAUUGAAGGAAAGGAAGGGAAGCAGGCGUCGCUGGCGGCAGACUUCUCCAUCACUCAGUUCAAACACAUCGGCCGCCUCCUCAUGGUCCACGGCAGGAACAGCUACAAGCGCUCGGCGGCGCUGGGCCAGUUCGUCAUGCACCGAGGCAUGAUCAUCUCCACCAUGCAGGCCGUCUUCUCCUCCGUCUUCUUCUUCGCGUCCGUGCCGCUCUACCAGGGGUUCCUCAUGGUCGGGUACGCCACCAUCUACACCAUGUUCCCCGUGUUCUCCUUGGUUCUGGACCAGGACGUGAAGCCGGAGAUGGCCCUGCUCUACCCAGAACUUUACAAAGACCUGACCAAGGGCCGGUCCUUAUCGUUCAAAACCUUCCUGAUCUGGGUCCUAAUCAGCAUCUAUCAAGGUGGCAUCCUGAUGUACGGCGCGCUGCUGCUCUUCGAGUCUGAGUUUGUGCACGUGGUGGCCAUCUCCUUCACGGCGCUGGUCCUCACCGAGCUGCUGAUGGUGGCGCUGACCAUCCGGACCUGGCACUGGCUCAUGGUUCUGGCCGAGUUCUUCAGCCUGGGCUGCUACCUCGCCUCGCUCGCCUUCCUCAACGAGUACUUUGGCGUAGGCAGGGUGUCGUUUGGAGCGUUCCUCGACCGCUCCUUCAUCACCACCUGGCCGUUCCUCUGGAAGGUGUCGGCCAUCACGCUCGUCAGCUGUCUUCCUCUCUACAUCAUCAAGUACCUGAAGCGUAAAUUUUCCCCCCCCAGCUACUCCAAGCUGUCCUCCUGAUCCGGCUGCUGUUGCUUUGGGUUUGGUUUUUGUUUUUUUUUUGUUUUUUUGUUGACGGACAGAGACGCCUGCAGGCGAAAGAAACGCUGGAAGAAAUCUUUCUUUACUUGAAAACAUGAGCACAUGAUGAAAGACUGGAGAGGGGGGGGGGAC